CAUACACACCCUAAAUCGCGUCAGUUCUUCCUCUCAAUUCGAAACCCUAGAAAUAUCAAUCGGUGCAGGAGGUCUGAAAAUGUCAGGUCGUGGAAAGGGAGGGAAGGGUUUGGGCAAGGGAGGUGCGAAGAGGCACAGGAAGGUGUUGAGGGACAACAUUCAGGGGAUCACAAAGCCUGCGAUUCGUAGAUUGGCUAGAAGAGGUGGUGUGAAGAGGAUUUCUGGGCUGAUCUAUGAGGAGACUCGUGGUGUUCUCAAGAUUUUCCUCGAAAAUGUGAUUCGUGAUGCUGUGACCUACACGGAGCACGCGAGGAGGAAGACGGUGACGGCCAUGGAUGUGGUGUAUGCUCUCAAAAGGCAGGGAAGGACUCUCUAUGGGUUUGGUGGGUAGUCUCUGUUUUAGGGCUUUUGAUCUAUCGUUGUAGCUCUGUUUAUAUUUCCUUUGAAUUGCUCUGUUAUUAGAGGUUUUAAUGUUUUGCAAUUCACAUUUUAUAUUCGAAGCUAUGGAUGUUCUAUUUUGUUGGGAA